AGCAAAAAAGAAAGAACAUAGCUGUUAUAAAACUCUUUGUUACACCAAAGAAAGACUUAAAGUACUGAUUUUUCUAUCUAUAUAUAUAUUCCCUCUUACCAUAAAAAACCAAAAGAAAAAGAAACAAAGAUGAUGAACAAAGGCCAACGAAGCAUGCCAUCUUCUUCUAAAACUACCUUACCACCACUAAUAACCAUUUUGGUUUUGGGUUUUCUCUCCAUUGUUGCAUUUGGUGAUAACAAUUAUGGUCCAACAAAUCCUCUAUUAUACUGCAGUGAUGACUUUGCUGAUCAACUUCAAGCAAGGAAAUUCAAUGUAUCAGGCUGCAAGAAAUUGCGCACUCUAGACGCCGAGUUUGCCUGGAACUACAGCAAUUUGACCACCACCAACAACAGCACCAACACCACCACCGUCAAUGGCACACUCAUUGAGAUCUUUUUCCGGGCAAAGCUCAGAAACUAUGAAGGGUGGGUAGCAUGGGGUGUGAACCCAGGAAAGAAGCCACAGAUGGUGGGAACCAAAGCCAUCAUAGCCAUCAAACACAACAAGGGGACGACGGAUGUGCACACGUAUGACGUAACCAAAGAGACAAGAAAGGGUUGCAGGCUUUGGCCGACGUCUGCAUCAGAGUUUGGGCUAAAUGUGUUGGAUAUGCAAGCAUGGAGCAAUAGCACUAAGCAAUGCACUACUCUGUAUGCAAAGUUGAUCCUUCCUUUUCCAGAGUAUAACAUAACUAGGCUGAACCAUGUGUGGCAAGUUGGAGAUAAUGUUAAUGGUGACCAACCAUUGCAGCACAGAGUCACCCUUCAGAAUGUGGAUAGCACUGAGACAAUUAACAUCACUUCUCCCGAUGGCCAAAGCUACGGUCAGAACCGGAGUUUCCUUAGAUCAGUGCAUGGAGUUCUAAACAUCAUAGGGUGGGGAACACUACUACCAAUUGGAGUAAUAAUAGCUCGGUACUUUAGAGUGUUUCCAUUUAUUUGGGACAAAGUUUGGUUCAAUAUCCACGUUGGUUUCCAAUUAACUGGUUUUCUAAUUGGCACUGCUGGUUGGGCUAUUGGUCUUAGUCUUGGAAGGUCUUCAGAGUAUUACACCUUCCACACGCAUCGAACCUUUGGCAUUCUCAUUUUCACAUUUAGCACAAUCCAAAUGUUGGCAUUUCGGUUAAAGCCGAAGAUUACUGAUGAUUAUAGGAAAUACUGGAAUAUGUACCAUCAUUUUCUUGGCUAUGGACUACUUGCAAUCAUAGUCAUAAACAUAUUCAAAGGGAUUUCAAUGUUGAAAGGAGGAGUUGGAUGGAAAUGGGCAUACAUUGGAAUCAUUGCGUUUUUAGGUGCCAUUAUACUCACUUUUGAGGUUGUCACAUGGCUACGUUUCAUGUUGAAGCUACCAGCAAUCUCAAUUCCACCAAAAGAAAACAAGACUAGUAAUAAUCCCACACAAAACAAACAGUAGCCAUGCAUGUACACAAGAGGCUGCAAAAAUCUUGCUUCAAUAAUGUGUUCUUUUUUUCUUUUUGCCCAUUUUAUAAUUGAAAUUAGAAGUUGAUUUUUUUUCUUAUUAUUUUUGGGUUUUGUGGAAAGUAAGGAAGCAUUGCUUUGAUAUUUG